AUGGCCACCACUGUCACGUGCAGAGGAGAGAUACUAAAGGUCCUGCACAGAGAGGCUGGGGGUCCUGUGAGAGUAAAUCCCCGCAGGAAAUCAGUCCCACCAGCUCAGACUCUGAGAGCCAAGCACCUCCUCGCCUACCUUCCAAGACCACCCCCAGAAUCUACUCUCCAUACACCCUGGAAAAAGGUUGGAUUCAAACCCUCCAUGGCUUCAGCAGAGCAGAACUUCAAAAAGGCCUUUGGACUCCCCAGCCUCAACUGUAACCAUGAAGAAGCUGCUGUAGCAACCCCAUCCCAGCUGACCCCUCCUCAGCCACAAGCUGCAAAUCUGCAGCUGGACUUCUCGGAGAUGAACAUUUGCAUGUAUACACCUCCUCCAGCAGUACAAGACAGUGACACCGUUGAGGAGCUGGAACAAUCCAAGCCACAUCGCUCCCAUCGAGGCCACCAUCUCAAACGCUUCAGUUCCCGAUGGCAUCCCAGCUCUUUUAGUACCAACCAAACUCUCACACAGUUUCCAGGGAAUCUAAGUCAGGAAAAAUUCCAAAAGAAGCAGUGCAAACUCUUGGGUGAUGAGCAGCGGGCGCACUUCACAACAGGCAAGCAGCGGCAGAGGUACAUCACUAAAGAGGGCAAGUGCAGGGUCAACCUGGGGCCCAUCGAAGACAAGAGCAGGUUCUUGUCAGAUAUCUUCACUACACUGGUGGACCUGAAAUACCGCUGGUUCCUGUUUGUCUUCACUAUGUGUUACAUCGUUACAUGGGUGGCAUUUGCAGAGAUUUAUUUGUUGGAUGCAUGGUUAAGGGAUGACGUGAACCAUGUGAAUGAUCCUCAGUGGAAAUGCUGCUUUGAAAAUGUUGAUGGUUUCCUUUCUGCUUUGCUCCUGUCUGUGGAGAGCCAGAGAACCAUUGGGUAUGGCUCUAGAAUGGUGACUGCCAACUGCGUGGAGGGUGUAGUGUUAAUCAUGGUGCAGUCCAUCCUUGGCUCCAUCAUUGAUGCUCUUAUGGUUGGUUGUAUGUUUGUUAAAAUCUCAAGACCUCAGAAGAGGGCCCAGACCUUGAUCUUCAGUAAGUACUGCGUGAUAUCAGAACGUGAUGGAAAGCUUUGCCUGCUCUUCCGCAUAGGGGACCUCAGGGAAAGUCACAUGGUUGAUGCCAAGAUCAGAGCCAAGCUGAUCAAGUCCAGACAAACUGCAGAGGGAGAGUUCAUCCCGUUGGAGCAAUCUGAGAUUAAUUUGGGAUAUGACACAGGUGGAGACCGACUUCUGUUGGUGGAGCCUCAAACUAUCACUCAUGUUAUCAAUGAAAACAGCCCCUUCUGGGAGAUAGGAGCAGAAUCUUUGAAAAGAGAAAAAUUUGAGAUCAUUGUCAUCCUUGAGGGCAUAGUAGAGGCAUCAGGUAUGACAUGUCAAGCCAGGACAUCUUAUGCUGAAGAUGAAAUUCUGUGGGGCCGUCGCUUUGAGUCAUGCAUGUCUUUGGAGGAGGGCGCUUUCCGUGUGGACUACAGCACAUUUGACAAGACAUUUGAAGUACAGACCUCCCCUCAAAGUGCCAAAGAAAGGUCUGAGGAAAAAGAUGGAGAGGUUCUCUUUUAA